AUGCAGAGGAUUCUACAAGCAAGUCAUGAUUAUCUGUUUGCCCAGCGGAGGGGUCAGCCGAGGGUCUCUCAAGGUGGGGCUCCCGUUGAGCUUGGCUGGAAGCCUCCAGAAAUAGGUUGGUGCAAAGGGAAUUGGGAUGCGGCUGUUGAGAAGGAUGUGGGCCGAAUGGGUCUGGCUGUUGUGAUACGUGAUCCGGGUGGCAACUUGCUGGCGGCGAGAUGUGAAAUGCGCAUGGGUUGUCUUGCUCCAGCUGCGGCAGAAGCACAUGCAGUUUUAUUGGCAAUUAGGUUGUGCCGUGAACUGGGUUUCGAGUGGGUGCAGCUGGAAGGAGAUGCCAAAUUAGUGAUAGAUGCGGUUUCGUCAAUGGCUAAGGACUUUAGCAGGAUGGGGCAUGUUACUGAGGACAUCAAACAGGAACUGAAUUCUUUGGUUCAUUAG